AUGUCUAAUAAAGCGACCAAAAGUGACGUAGAUCGAUUACACUCUUUUUUUGCAGGUUCCUUAGCCGGUGCUGUUGAAGCGUGUAUAACAUACCCUUUUGAGUUUGCCAAAACAAGGCUACAAUUGAUCGAUAAGGCGUCUAAGGCUUCAAGAAAUCCUUUAGUCCUAAUCUAUAAAACCGCCAAAAGUCAAGGUCUUGGUUCCAUUUAUGUUGGAUGUCCCGCAUUCAUUAUUGGUAAUACUGCCAAGACGGGUAUUAGAUUUCUGGGCUUUGAUACUAUCAAAGACAUGCUGAGAGAUCGUGAAACUGGAGAACUAAGCGGCACCAAGGGUGUAAUAGCUGGGUUAGGAGCAGGGCUGUUGGAAAGUGUUGCUGCAGUGACGCCCUUCGAAGCAAUCAAAACUGCCUUGAUCGAUGACAAGCAAUCUGCUAAACCAAGGUAUCAUAAUAAUGGUCGUGGUAUGAUACGAAAUUAUUCAUUAUUGGUUCGUGAUCAAGGGUUUUCGGGUCUUUAUCGGGGUGUUUUACCUGUUUCCAUGAGGCAGGCUGCAAACCAAGCUGUUAGAUUAGGUUGUUACAAUAAGAUCAAAACCCUGAUCCAAGAUUAUACGGAUUCACCUAAAGAUAAACCACUGUCAUCUGGUUUGACCUUCGUAGUGGGUGCAUUUAGUGGUAUAGUGACGGUUUACUCUACUAUGCCUCUGGACACUGUGAAGACAAGAAUGCAAAGUUUGGAUUCCACCAAAUAUUCUUCCACAAUAAAUUGUUUUGCCACAAUUUUCAAGGAAGAAGGGUUGAAGACAUUUUGGAAAGGGGCUACACCAAGAUUGGGCAGAUUGGUCUUGAGUGGUGGUAUUGUUUUCACGAUCUAUGAAAAACUGUUAGUUAUGCUAGCUUGA